CUAGGCAAGUGUGCUAUAAGAGAGAGCUGAUAGUUCUCUCUGGCCAUGCAACAUUGCAACGUGCUUCUGCCUAAUCUAUUGAUUUCCAGUCAUUAUUGGGCUCCCUCUUAAGUUGCUCUUCCACAUUUCAGUUUUUUUUUUAGACAUUGACUGUGAAGUUUCGGGGUUAGAGGAUUCUGGAACUGUACUUGUGUGUCUGGAACUUUGGAUCAGCCAAAAAGAUGAGAGCUUUGAUGUUGGGUUCCGCUCCGGGUGGAGGGAAAUGGGGCACCCGAAGCUUGAUGGAUCUGGAGAUACCGGGCUCCAGAUUGCCCGGAGGGAAUGUGAACGGCGUUGGUGUCGCCGGCGGCGGUGGUUUUCCGGCGUUUCUCCCCAAGGAGGUUUACGAAAUCAAAGACCCUUUUGCUCGGAGCUUGGCCCGGAGAAUCCAGAGGCUUCCUGUUCAGGUUGGGACCUCUGAGAGUUGUAUAAUGAGCAGUUGUAUUAAGCCUGUGAUACAAGGUGACAAGGAACCAGUUGUCCUUCUUCACUGUUUUGACAGUUCAUGCUUGGAGUGGAGGCGCACGUAUCCCUUGCUCGAGGAUACGGGUGUCGAGGCUUGGGCGAUAGACAUUCUUGGAUGGGGUUUCUCCGACUUAGAAAGACGUCCUACCUGUGAUGCUGCGUCAAAAAGAUACCAUCUUUACCAGCUAUGGAAGUCUUACAUUAAAAGGCCUAUGAUAUUGGUCGGACCAAGCCUUGGUGCAGCAGUGGCGAUUGAUUUUGCAGUCAAUUUUCCCGAAGCUGUUCAUAAACUGGUUCUAAUAAAUGCAAGCGUUUAUGGAGAAGGUACUGGAUUUAUGACAAAGCUGCCUAAAAUGGUGGCCUAUGGCGGGGUCUCCUUGUUGAAGAGCGUCCCGUUGCGGAUCUAUGCUAAGUUGCAGUGUUUUGAUGGCUUAUCUCUAUCUACUACCUUGGACUGGACCAAUGUGGGGCGACUGCACUGUCUCUUACCUUGGUGGGAAGAUGCUAUGGUUAAUUUCAUGCUGAGUGGGGGUUAUAAUGUUGUUCAUCAAAUUAAAAAGGUGAAUCAAAGAACACUAGUCAUAAUGGGCAUGCGCGAUAAGUUAGUCAGCAAUGAGCUUGCAAUGAGAUUAUGCGGAGAACUACCAAAUGCCACAGUGCAUCAGAUUCCGAAUUCUGGGCAUCUUCCCCAUGUUGAAGAACCACACUCGGUUGCGAAGCUGAUUGCUGAUUUUGCUCGAGACGACGACACUUGUGUGGAAUCAUACUGUAAAAUUAAAGAAGAUUUAUAGUGCAGUCCACUCUUACAAUUCUCUUUGCUCUGGGUAAAGUGUUUCUGUUUCUCAUCUGAUACCAUCUGUUUCUAGGGACUGUGUGGUGUGGAUCAUCUGCAGUCAUGUGUGCAAACCUAUAAGUGAUCAGAUAUUGCUAUUCUGGUGGAGCAUUCAUGUAUUUGAUAGCUGACUUUAUUUAACACCAAUUAUAUUGGCUACUCCAUGCUCUCUGUGUUCACAUGGCAACUAAAGUUCUCUUUCAGUUCUUUGUAUUGAA